AUGUCGAGUUUAAAGAAUAUUAUUCCUAAAAGGAGCUACCGAGAAAGAGGUCAAUCAAAGAAUAGACUACACUUAGGUGAGUUGGAAAAAAAAGUAGAUUAUUCAAAAAGAAGAGCGAUUUAUAAAAAAAAACAAAAAAUCGAAAAUGUGUUAAAAGAAAAAAUAAUGAAUAAAAAUCCCGAUGAAUUUAAUACGGGAAUGGUUCAUUCAAGAAUUAAUGAAAAAGAAAAUGUUUUAGUCAAAGAAAAGAUAGCCAUACCAGAAAAUGUAAAAUUAAAAAACAUAAGAAAUAAAUUAAAAACAGAAGAAAAUUAUAGUUAUUCUUUUUUAAAAAAAAUAAAUAAAAAAAUAAAUAAUUAUCAAAUGAAUAUUCCAUUAAGAUAUGUAUUUAACAAUACUCAUGAAUUUUAUAAUGACAAUGAUGAAAAAUAUGAUUUAAAAACGGAAAAUAAUAAAUUAAAAAAAAAAGGACAAGAAUUUGAAAAAAAAUUUAAAUCCUUAUUAAACGCAAAGAAAAAUGUACUUGAAAAAAUCAGGAAAAUUGAAAACUCAUUUGUAAAUACAUACAAAGAUAUCGAUGGUUAUAAAAUAUAUCAUAAGAAGGGUGGAGUUCCCUAUCGAUUUGUUGCCCCACGGUUACGUUAG